AUGUCUCAGGUGCAAACUUCUUUAACGGGAACGAAUUCAGGUCUAGCAGUCAAUAAUAUAUCAACUACAAUGAAUUCACAAAUGCCCAAUCGUAGUAACAUUAGAUUGGUGAAUGGCAAUUUGCCUCCAUCCUUACACGUCAGUUCCAAUCUGAAUCACAAUCCUGGAAACAGUUCUGCUUCGCAUUCUGGCUCUCAAUCUCGUGAUGAUUCUAGCAUAGUUGGAUUACAUUACAAGAUAGGUAAGAAAAUUGGUGAAGGUUCAUUUGGUGUUCUUUUCGAAGGUACCAACAUGAUUAAUGGGUUGCCAGUGGCUAUCAAGUUUGAACCGAGAAAAACUGAGGCUCCACAACUUAAGGACGAAUACAGAACCUAUAAGAUUUUAGCAGGAACCCCUGGGAUACCACAAGCAUACUAUUUCGGCCAAGAGGGACUACAUAAUAUAUUAGUCAUUGAUUUAUUGGGUCCUUCUUUGGAAGAUUUAUUCGACUGGUGUGGAAGAAGAUUCUCAGUGAAGACUGUAGUACAAGUUGCAGUGCAAAUGAUAACUUUGAUCGAAGAUUUACAUGCGCAUGAUCUGAUAUAUCGUGAUAUCAAACCUGAUAACUUCCUGAUUGGAAGGCCAGGACAACAAGAUGCCAAUAAAGUUCAUCUGAUUGAUUUUGGUAUGGCUAAACAAUAUCGUGAUCCAAAAACUAAACAGCACAUUCCAUAUAGGGAAAAGAAAUCAUUAAGCGGUACAGCAAGAUACAUGUCAAUUAAUACCCAUUUGGGUAGGGAGCAAUCCAGGAGAGAUGACAUGGAAGCAAUGGGUCAUGUUUUCUUUUAUUUUCUGAGAGGCCAAUUACCAUGGCAAGGCUUGAAAGCACCAAACAAUAAACAAAAAUACGAAAAAAUUGGUGAAAAGAAAAGGCUAACAAACGUUUAUGACUUAGCUCAAGGGCUACCAAUUCAAUUCGGUAGAUAUUUGGAAAUUGUCAGAAAUUUAUCAUUUGAAGAAACUCCUGACUAUGAAGGCUACCGUAUGUUAUUACUAUCUAUCUUAGAUGAUUUAGGUGAAAGUGCCGAUGGACAAUACGAUUGGAUGAAACUGAACGGCGGUCGUGGCUGGGAUUUAUCAAUAAAUAAAAAGCCUAACUUACAUGGUUAUGGUCAUCCAAAUCCACCUAACGAGAAGUCAAGAAGACACAGAAGUAAAAACCAUCAAUACUCAUCACCUGACAAUCACCAUCAGUAUACUCAGCAACAGCAACAGCAACAGGCACAAGCCCAGGCACAAGCCCAGGCGCAAGCCCAGGCCCAGGCCCAGGCACAAGCACAAGCACAAGCACAAAAGCAACAACAGCAACUGCAACAAGCUCAGGCCCAACAGCAAGCCAAUCGCUACCAGUUACAACACGGUGAUUCGCAUUACGAUGAAGAGAGAGAAGCUUCCAAGCUCGAUCCAACUUCAUAUGAAGCAUACCAGCAACAGACUCAACAAAAGUAUGCCCAACAACAACAAAAGCAAAUGCAACAGAAAUCUAAACAAUUUCCUGAUACUAAUGCUAACGGUCAAACUAACAAGUAUCCAUAUGGUGCACAACCAACAACAAACAACGAGCCAAACGCCAACAACGCAACUCAAGACAUGAGUAGUAAUAAAUCMUCUAAGGGAUUUUUCAGUAAGAUGGGAUGUUGUUGA